UAUUGUUUUCCUACUUAUGUGUGGUAUAUUCAAAGAUUUUUUGUGCUGCCUUGGUGCGAAGGAGUAAAAGCUUUGGAAAAAGUUCCAUUAUACCUUUUAUGCCUUUCGACUUUUCCACUUUAUGGAAAAUUUUUCUCGUUUUGCGUUCUUUCUAAACGGUUAUGUAUUCCAAUUAGGGAAUUGGUUGUUCGUCGCAUAAGAAAUGUUUGUCAAAAUGCCUUACUGACUCAUGCAUUGCUUCUCAAACCUUAGUGUCUAUGUUGCGGAAAAUGCUAUAGUUGUCGUGGCAGUCGCUCUGUCGCCGUCGUUUAUUAUUUAAAGAGACGUGGAAAAGAUUCUGUCUUGGGCUACAACAACGUUUUCAUCGAAUCAACUGAUUCCAUUUUCUGCUGCUGUUGGUACUGCGGCUGUUCCUUAUUCUAGCUGCACCGCCAAUUUCUUGAAUGUAUGUAUUCCAAGAAGGGGCAGGUUUGAUUUCUUUGUUGCUGAGAACCACUCGAGAGUGAGGACUUCCGUGGUUAUGUCAAACCGAGUUUCUUCGUUGCAAACCCAACUGAGUACUUGGGAAGAUCCUGAUGAUGGCAGUGGUAGUGAAUAUGAUGAGGAAGACGAGGAAGUGGAAGAAAAUGACUUGGAUUAUGAGAGUGACUGGCAGGAAGAAAGAAAUGUCUCAGCUACAACGAGUGUUGAAAAGCCCACAACAAACAAGUACGAGGAGGAUCUUGUAAAAGAGGUGGAACAGCUUUUGGGACCCGAAGAAAGAGCAACUUUGCAACAGAAUGUGACACCAAACCUGGGAAAAAUAUCAACAGCAAAAUGGAGCCCUCUCCAUACUCUUGCGCUAUCAGGGCAAAUACCUUUCAUGGAUAGGCUGAUUGAAAAUGGGCUCAACAUAGAUACUGUUGAUCAGGAUGGCCUCACAGCUCUUCAUAAGGCAAUUAUAGGCAAAAAGGAGGCUGUAAUUAGCCAUCUUCUAAGAAAAGGUGCCAGCCCUCACGUCAAAGACCAGGAUGGUGCUACUCCACUUCAUUAUGCGGUUCAAGUUGGUGCCAUGCAAACUGUGAAGUUAUUGAUCAAAUAUAAGGUGGAUCUAAAUGUUGCAGAUAAUGAUGGGUGGACUCCAUUGCACGUUGCCAUCCAAAGUAGAAAUAGACAUAUAACAAAAGUUUUGUUAGUCAAUGGUGCGGAUAAGAACAGGAGGAGUAAGGAUGGAAGAACACCCCUGGAUCUGAGUUUGUGUUAUGGGAAAGACUUCAAGUCAUUUGACCUCGCCAGGUUACUGAAGGUAGUCCCAGCUGACAGAGAUCUCUGAUGGAGACGGGAAUGCCACAUUGUUGAGAUAAAAUCUUCAGCUGCAAGAAUAUGUCUAGAGAUUUGUUUACUAAACUUCUUCACAGGCUUGCAUUCUGAGGUGGUGUGAGAAUUACUUCUUGAUUGUUUAAGUUCCUGGUGGAGGUGCACUGAGAAUAAUCUUGAUCCUGAAGUUUCAUGAGGGGCUAAUUCAUGUCAACCUCCACAUUGAUUGGGAUGUGAAGAAUGAUGCUAUUGCCAAUGGACGAACAUUGUAGUUUGUAGUAUGUAUAAAAAUAUCUCUAUUAUCAAGGAAUGCAGACUAUGGGCUAUCCAUCCCGGGUCUCCAUGUCCAUUCUAUAAUGAUACUUGAUGAAAUCGGUUCCCUGUUUGCUAAUUAAUUACUCCCUGAUUCGGAA